GUGUUACUUUCACGUUCAUCUCCUUCUUCGUUCGUCCCUUUCUUCCUUCCCAAGUUGGGACACUGGCUACUAAUUCAGACACCCACCCUUCAAAUUUUUCCAAGGCAAAAACAAAACGGAAAAAGAAAAAAGCUAUCGUUUUUUUCUCUAUUUGAGAAAAUUUAGCUUGCCCCAAAUUUGAUGGCUGCUAGAAAGCUAGUGCGAGAUUUGCACCUUUACAGACAACCCUUCUUUCAUCAGCUGACCCUCCAACAACAGGUUUCAAGCACGAGAAUUCGGUUGAUUUCAGCUAAUGGGUAUUCGGGGAGUCGUCGAUUCAGUGUCUUCAAUGAAUUUUCGAAGCAAGUCAAAGGCGAAGCUACCAAAAAUCCAGAAUUUCAACAGUCAGUUAAGGAGCUGAAAGAGAAAGCGGAAGAGCUGAAAGGCGUUAAAGAAGACCUGAAAGUGAGAACGAAGCAGACAACAGAGCAGCUAUACAAGCAGGUGGAUGGUGCGUGGACAGAGGCUGAAGCUGCAGCAAAGAAGGUUUCUGCCAAUGUAAAAGAGAAGAUCACCGCUGCCACAGAGGAGGUCAAAGGAACCUUUGGAAUUGGGAACGAACAGGCUUCAGGGCCUUCUGGUGCUAAAUCUGAGAAUUUCGCUGAUGCAGAAGAUGGAACAAAGGCCUCAUCUGGGGAACAGAAACACCAGGAGUCAGGGUCUAGUAAUACUGAAGAAACAUUAUUUGGCAAAUUUAGGUCAAGUGCCUCUUCCUCGUAUUUUUCCUCUGCCUUCUCUAGGGUUAAGGAAGUAAAGUUUAUCGACAUGGCUAAAAAGGGAUAUGACAUUGUAAAGGAUGAGUUAAGCGGUAAUCCAACUAAGAGAAAGCACCUGGAGUAUGAUCCUUCUACCACCCCUCAAGUUGAAGUAAGUACAAGAACGGACAUUGUUGCCGUACCCCAAUCUCACUGGAGUAAAAAGUGGGAGGCUUUCAGAAUGAAGAUGCAAGGUCAUCCUAUAUUCAAGCGUUUUGAUGAAUUACGUAAACCUGUUACGUCAAAAACCCAGGAGAUUGCUGAGGACAUGCGGGAACAUUGGGAGACAAGCGAUAGUCCAAUUGUUCACAAAAUUCAGGAUUUAAAUGAAACUAUUUUUCAAGAAACAGAUACUGCUGCAUCAAUCAAGGAGAUACGCCGCCGAGAUCCAUCAUUCUCUUUACCAGACUUUGUGGCAGAAGUCCAGGAUGCUGUCAAACCAGUGCUUAAUGCUUACAUCAAGGGAGAUGUUGAGACAUUGAAGAAGUAUUGUAGCAAGGAGGUGAUUGAGCGGUGUAAAGCUGAGCAUGAUGGUUUCCGAAGCCAUGGCAUCUUUUUUGAUCACAAGAUUCUACAUAUAUCUGAUGCAGAAGUAAAAGAGACCAAAAUGAUGGGAGACUCUCCCAUAAUCAUUGUAAUGUUCCGAACGCAGCAAGUGUAUUGUGUACGUGAUAAAAAUGGUGCAGUAACAGAUGGUGGCAAGGACACAAUCCACACUGUGUAUUAUGCCUGGGCCAUGCAACAGGUGGAUCCUGAAGAACUUGGUGAAGGUGCUAUUUACCCAAUAUGGAGGGUAAGAGAGAUGCAGCAAUUUGGAGUUCAAGCCCUUAUUUAGUUCAUAAAAUUCUGAUCGAUGGAUGUUGUAGCAUUUUUAUUGCUCAAAAUGUCUUUUUGUUUCUUUUUUCUCAUGUUAGAACUUCUCUGGGUUUUGUUAUUCACUGCCAGGAAGUUCUGUAGUAGAUUACUUCUCAUUUUAUUGUUAGUAUCAAUUAAGUGUAGUUGUGUACUACGCACAAAUAUAAAUUUUAAAGAGAGGUUUUCUCUAUUC